GGCGGCGGGGCGGCUCCGCGGUCCUGCGGCGAGCGCUGAGGGCGGCCCUGGGCCGUGCCUGCAGCUCCGGGGUCACCGUCAGGGCUCCCUCCGCCGCGGCUCAGGAACUGCAAAGCUCAGGAAGAGGACGCUUUCUCCUGGAGCACACUGCUCCCUUCUCUGCUUUUCUGACAGACAGCUAUGGGCGUCAGCACAACUAUUUGAGAAUUUCUUUGACUGAGAAGUGCAACCUCAGGUGUCAGUACUGCAUGCCAGAGGAAGGUGUUCAGCUGACCCCUAAAUCAGAGCUCCUUACUGCUCAGGAGAUAAUCACCCUAGCAAGGCUGUUUGUGAAAGAAGGUGUAGAGAAGAUCCGACUGACAGGAGGAGAACCACUUAUCCGUCCCGAUGUGGUUGAUAUUGUGGGUCAACUGUACAAGCUAGAAGGGCUGAAAACCAUUGCUGUCACAACUAAUGGGAUCAACCUAGCCAGACUGCUGCCCCGACUGAAGGAAGCAGGACUAAAUGCCAUCAACAUCAGCCUGGAUACUUUGGUUCCAGCUAAAUUUGAGUUCAUUGUCCGGAGGAAAGGUUUUCAUAAGGUAAUGGAAGGAAUCCACAAAGCCACUGAACUUGGAUACCGUCCUGUUAAGGUAAACUGUGUGGUGAUGCGAGGCUUCAAUGAGGAUGAACUGCUGAGCUUUGUGGAUUUCACAAAGGAUCUGCCCCUUGAUGUGCGGUUCAUAGAAUACAUGCCCUUUGAUGGCAAUAAAUGGAACUUCAAGAAGAUGGUGAGCUACAAAGAAAUGCUCGAUACUAUUAAACAGCGAUGGCCUGAACUGGAGAAACUGCCCUGUGAACCUUCAAGCACAGCCAAGAGUUAUAAGGUGCCACAUUUCCAGGGACAAAUCAGUUUUAUCACCUCCAUGUCAGAGCAUUUCUGUGGAUCCUGCAAUCGGCUGAGGAUAACAGCAGAUGGGAACCUCAAGGUGUGCCUUUUUGGGAAUUCAGAAGUGUCCUUAAGAGACCACCUGAGGUCAGGUGCCUCAGAGGAAGAGUUGGUUCAAGUCAUUGGAGCAGCAGUGAGCAGAAAAAAGAAACAGCAUGCUGGCAUGUUUAACAUUUCCCAGAUGAAGAACCGGCCAAUGAUCCUGAUUGACCCUGCAUUGAUGUCAUUCCUACUAUGCCAAGAUGCCCUACAGAAUCCCCCAAAUUCAAAACAGUGGGGCCCCACAUUUAGCCAUUGGAUAACUUUGAGAACAAGUUUACCCAAACAAAUGGGCAGAGCAUUAAUGAAAAAUAAGCUUACAGGACAACUUUUUCCACUAGGAUCUCACUCAGAGCAAAAGUGGUGCAUAACGACAGGAAAUCUACAAACCCAGCUCAGAGGCUGCUGUGUCUUCCAGAAGGACCCAACCUCCACAUUUGACACAAAGUGCCUUGAGGCUUCUCCUGUUGACCAAGUUUCAGUGGACUGUCAGUCCAAAGAGGCAAAUCUAGGACCUGAAUUCUGUACCAGGGAUUUGGGAUCUUGCACCAAUAUACCUCCUGCCUCUGACAACUACUUGACUCACACUGAUGAGGAAGGACGGGCCACAAUGGUUGAUGUUGGAGGGAAGUCGGAUUCAAGAAGAAGGGCUGUUGCUGGUGCUGUGGUCCGCCUGGGGGAGAAGGCGUUUGGGCUGGUGAGGCAGAACCAGGUGAAGAAAGGGGAUGUGCUGGCAGUAGCCCAGAUUGCAGGAAUACAGGGAGCCAAGCUGACCAGCCAGUUGAUCCCCUUGUGUCACAACAUCCCCCUCAACCACGUUGAGGUGUCUCUGAGCCUGGAUGAGGCCAGAUAUGCAGUGGUGAUUCGCAGCUCUUGUCAGACCUGGGGGAGGACAGGUGUGGAGAUGGAAGCUCUGACAGCUGCCAGCCUGGCUGCCCUCACUGUGUAUGACAUGUGCAAAGCAGUCACUCAUGACAUUGUGAUUGAAGAAGUGAAGUUGCUUAGUAAGACAGGUGGGCAGAGGGGAGACUUCACAAGGGUUUAGAUCACAUCCAGACAGCUCCAGCCCUCCAAGUGACCACUGCUCAUGUCCAGCCUCUACCAAAACUGUUUUUGUUUGGCUGGUUGGUGUACCAUACAACAGUCCCACAACUCCAGUUUUGCCUUACCCUGUCAGCUUAGUGUUGAGUGAACAGCAGAGCCCACUUAUCCCUGUUGAUAACCAUGUGUGUUUUUUAGGGGACAGACUUUUCCACUCUGCCUAUAUUGUCACUUCAGGGUCCUCACCGUGAGCUUGAGCAAAGAUUCCUGGUUAUACCAGAUGUUCGGAUUUUAUUUUUUCCCUUCUUGCUGUGAAAUAUUCCCAGGUGCUGUCAUCACACCACAAAAAUGUAAGCUCUGGAAAUGAAGCAAGUGCUGAAAGUGCUGUUGUUGGCAACUAUUUUUAAGUUAAGGAUUAAGAUUUCAGAAUUGUGCUUGUUCAUCUGUUUCCCUGACCCCUUAAUUUGAAUUUAGAAGGUGACAGUGAGAAGAACAUAGCUGGGGAGCCUUACCAUACAGCAGAAAUUCUAACUAUGGUAGAGCCAGGGGCAGAGGAGCAGCUCCCAUCCUUUUGCAUUGCUACUGCUUCCCUUGCCUGCAAUUGAGAAUAUUCACAUAACUUUUUCAAAAGAAAAAAAUAUGGCAGCUGCCCAGCUCUCUGCAAAACAUGAUGCAGAAACAGGAUUUCAGGAUUAGGAAAAAUUGUUUUGCUGAUGUGAAAGAUACCUUUUACAACAUUUGAAGCAUGUUCCAGCAUUUCGACCUUAGUGCUCAAAUACAUUGAGGACCUGUGUCUGCAUGCUUAAGGGCUUAAUUGUGCCAUGCAUUGAAGUAGGUGUCAGCUCUUCCUGACUCUAGAAAUAGUUGUCACCCCAAUCCCCAGAAGACUCCUUGUUUUCUAACCCUGCAGUGCAAUUCCUAGUAAUCAGGAGCCUGCAUAGUCCUGACAGAUAAAACAGAUUUUAAGAAUAGUAGCCACUUGGAAGAGUAAGGUAGUUACUCUUGCCUUGGCCAGAAUGUUUUCCUGCAUGUUUCUCUAAUUUGCUUUCUUGAAGUCUUUUGGCCUCAGAGCCACUUAAGUGUCCCCAUAGUUGUACCAGUGGCCACUGUCAUGUAGCAUUACAUAGCUUGGAUAAUUGACUAUCCUAGGUAAGAAAUUAUUCAAUGUGGUUUUGUUAAUACUGAUGGAUCCUUUUCAAAUGUUAAUUUAAAUGCUCUAAACAGGGUAUUUUCAACUUUGGUUUACUUGUUUUCUAGUUUGUAUGGCUAAUGUGAAGUCACACGAUUCAGGGUGCUCCCUCACCAUAUGCACAGGGUUGAAGACAGUUCUAAUAAUGUCAAAGAGGCUACUGAAAAAGUGUCUUGACCUUUGUAAGUAGCUACUUCUCAUGAAAUAAGAUUAAAUUACUCUGAGCAUCAAUGAAGCACACACCACAGUCACGCACAUCCUGCUCACUUAAAGUAAGCACAGGUCUGAGAUUAGGAGAAAUAGGUUUCACUACAAAUGCCUUUGCUUAUCCUUUACAAACCUUCUUGUUACCACAGAGGGCACUUUUUCCACUAGAAGGUGAAUUAAUUUGAUUGUCACUGUGAGGUAAGCCACAUACAAUGACCCAUGUAGCAGCUACAACUGAAACAGGAAGGAGCCUGGAAAGCUGGGUGCCCAAACUCCAUAAACGUUUGUAUACAUACAUAUUGUGUUACAGUCCUUAUUCCCCUGAUAUCACUGAUGUCUCUAAGGAGCACUCCUCCUUCCCAGGAGUAUGCUGAGCACAAUCCCAGCUGACCCUGUAAAUACUAGAGACCUUUUUAAUCUGUGGAGUUGCUAUGCCAAUAGCACAAACUUUUCCCUAACUCAGCAUGGCAACAAGUUGCCACAGAAAGGAAGCACAUCUGUAACCUGCUAAGGUACCUGCUUUACACAAGCACUUAACCCCUCCCUACCACACAUAACACAUCCCACCCUCCCUGCCUUCACCCAGUCUCUAAAUAUUUGAAUACUGAAAGAAAACUGGACAUAGUAUAAUAAAAUUAUGCUUUGGGGCAUACGAAUCUUUGGCUUCUGAGAAGUUUCCUGUCAUGCUCCAAAGCUCUCACAAAGGAUUCAAGACCAUACGGGGGACUCAGCACAUGCAUGACUGCCAUGCACAUCUUGCUACUUACGCACAUUUCACAACUUUCUUGGGUUUAGAGUGGCUGGAAGCUUUAGGUGAGAAAACUUUGGUGCCAUUUUACGCUUGUAUUACGUUAUCAAGUCUUAAAACUAUGCACAUGUAUAGAUAAUGAACCAAGCAUGAGGCAACAGAAUAUUUUGCAAGAGAAAUGAGCUGACAGCAUUGUGUAUUUCAAGGGUGCUGGGUGAGCAAUGAUACGUUGAUGAACUGACUACUUUUUGGAAGCUUGCUUUUUUAAUAAAUUAUAGUUGCAAUGGC